GCUGGAUCGACAAAUUCUGCCUGGACGCGGACGUCUUCGUGCUGGUGGCCAACUCGGAGUCGACGCUGAUGAACACGGAGAAACACUUUUUCCACAAGGUGAACGAGCGACUCUCGAAGCCCAACAUCUUCAUCUUGAACAACCGCUGGGACGCCUCUGCUUCCGAGCCCGAGUACAUGGAGGACGUGCGGAAGCAGCACACGGACCGCUGCGUCAGCUUCCUGGUGGAGGAGCUGAAGGUAGUGGACCGGCAGCAGGCGCCCGACCAUAUUUUCUUCGUGUCGGCCAAAGAGGUGCUCAACUCCAGGAUGCAGCGCGCCCAGGGGAUGCCAGAGGCCGGCGGUGCUUUAGCCGAAGGAUUCCAGGAGAGACUGAAGGAGUUCCAGAGUUUUGAGAGAACGUUCGAGGAGUGCAUCUCGCAGUCGGCAGUGAAGACGAAGUUUGAGCAGCACACCAUCAGAGCGCAGCAGAUCGCCGAGACCGUCAAAGGCAUCAUGGACGCCAUCGACAUCGCCUCCGCUGAGAAGAGGGUGCAUUCCCUGGAGGAGAGGGAGUACCAGAUGGACCGUUUGGAGUUUGUGCGUAAUCAGCUUAACCUGCUGACUGAGGACAUCAAGAAGAGGAUCACAUCUGUCACCAAGGAGGUGAAGGAAAAGGUGUCGAACGCCAUGGCGGACGAUAUCUGUCACCUGUCGGUGCUGGUCGACGAGUUCCACUCGGACUUCCACCCCUCUCCCCAAGAGCUCAAUCUCUACAAAUCUGAGCUGCUGAGGCACAUAGAGGAGGGGAUGGGGAAGAACCUGGCCUUCCGCUGCUCCAGCGCCAUCAACGCGUCCGUGCAGGCCUCCCAAAAAGACAUGAUGGAUUGCGUGAAGCCUCUGCUGCCCCCUGCUGUUCAGAGCCAGCUGCACAUGCUCAUUCCCUCCCGGAGGUUUGACCUCAGCUACGACCUCAACUGCGGCUCCCUGUGCUCGGACUUCCAGGAGAACAUAGAAUUCCAGUUCUCCCUGGGCUGGACCGCCCUGGUCAAGCGCUUCCUGGGGCCGGCGAACGCAAAGCAAGCUCUGAUGCUCGUCAACCACAACCUGCAGGUUCCUCGUCCCGUGACCACCCCCCACACCCCCUCGACCCCGGCAGGGCCACGCCCCCAAGGGAGCGUGGUCUCCCAGGAGGAGCUCAUGCUGACCAUGGCCUCUGGGCUGGCCUCUCUCACCUCCCGGACCUCCAUGAGCAUGGUCAUCGUCGGAGGAGUGGUAUGGCGUGGUGUCGGGUGGAGGCUCAUCGCCCUGUCCAUGAGCCUCUACGGCCUGGUCUACCUCUACGAGAAGCUGACCUGGACCACCAAGGCCAAGGAGCGGGCCUUCAAGCGGCAGUUUGUGGACUACGCCACCGAGAAGCUGCAGCCGAUCGUCAGCUUCACCAGCGCAAACUGCAGCCACCAGGUCCAGCAGGAAAUGGCCACCAACUUCGCCCAGCUGAGCCAGCAGGUGGACCAGACCCAGCGGGAACUGGAGGGCGAGAUCAGCCGCCUCACUGCCAAAAUCCCGUGGCUGGAGACGGUUCAUGGCCGGUCCAAAAGCCUCAGACACAAGGCUACGGGGCUGCAGACGGAGUUGGAUGGUUUCACCGCGGAGUAUUUGCACCCUCCGCAGUGAGACUUCAGGUGUGGGGCUUCAGGUGUGGGGCUAGGAGAUCCACUGGUCUCAGCCUUAGUCCUCUGUCUCUUUGUGUGCCCGGAAGGGCAGGAAAUGAAAGUUAUCUGCUCAUU